AUGGUAGAACUUAAUCAGCAAAUUAAUUGGAUUCCUUUGCAUAUUAAAGAUAACUUAUUUGGCAAAUGGCUAGAAAAUGCAAGAGACUGGUCAAUUAGUCGCAAUAGAUUUUGGGGCACGCCACUGCCGGUGUGGAAAUCGGAUAAUCCUGCCUAUCCUAGAAUUGAUGUAUAUAGCUCAAUACAAGAGCUGGAAGAGGAUUUUGGCGUUAAAAUAGUUGACCUACAUAGACCUUUCAUUGAUCAAUUAACUCGCAAAAAUCCUUCAGAUCCAACUGGCCAAUCAACAAUGCGUAGGAUUACAGAUGUCUUUGAUUGUUGUUUUGAAAGUGGAUCUAUGCCGUAUGCCCAGGUACAUUAUCCCUUUGAAAAUAAAGAUUGGUUUGAGAAUCAUUUCCCCGCUGAUUUUAUAGUGGAAUAUUCUGCCCAAACUAGAGGCUGGUUUUAUACUUUAAUGGUGUUAUCUACUGCCUUAUUUGAGCAACCGCCUUUUUUAAACUGCAUUUGUCAUGGAGUAAUAUUAGAUAGUACUGGGCAAAAAUUAUCAAAGCGCUUAAAUAAUUAUGCUGAUCCAUUAGAAUUAUUUGAUAAAUAUGGCUCUGAUGCUUUAAGAGUAACUAUGUUAUCUUCAAGUGUAGUGAAAGGCCAGGAAUUGUUGAUCGAUAAAGACGGUCAGAUGGUAUAUGAGACAUUGCGAUUAUUUAUAAAGCCAAUUUGGAAUGCUUAUCAUUUCUUUACCCUAUAUGCUAAUGCUGAUGGUAUUAAAGCUGAAUUGAAUCUCACUUCUUUAAAUAUUUUGGACCUAUACAUAUUAUCAAAGCUCAAAAUAGCAGUGCAAAAGAUUAAGCAAGGGCUGGAUAAUUUUGAUACGCAGAUAGCUUAUAAUAGUGUCGCUGAUUUUUUUGAAGUAUUAAAUAAUUGGUAUAUUAGAAGAAGUAGAAAUCGCUUUUGGAAAAGUGCAAAAGAUCAAGAUAAGAAUAGUGCUUAUGCUACCUUGUAUAGUUGUUUAGAAAUUAUGGCUAGGGCUAUGGCCUCUUUAUUACCUUUAAUUUCAGAGGAAAUUUAUUUAGGAAUAACCGGGUCAAAGCAAGUUGACCACAGCGUUCAUUUAACAGAUUUUCCUGACCUUGCAAUGUUAGCUAUAGAUUAUGAUUUAGUAAAAAAUAUGGAUCAAAUCUUGGAUAUUUGUACCAAUGCCUUAUUUAUCAGAAAUACAGAAAAUAUUCGCACUCGUCAACCGCUGAGCAGCCUGACAAUUAUCAGAGCAAAUAGUAUGUCCUUAGUAAAGUUUGUAGCUAAAGGGUGUGUAGCACAGAGCUAUUAUAAUUAA